UGGGAAGGUUGAUAGCCCAAGUCCUAGAGACAGAACUGCUUGUCCUAGAAUAAUCUUUUUAAGAGACGCGUUAGCCGACGGAGGGACCUUGGAGACUGGCUGAGCAGGGAGCUGGGGGCAGGGAGAAAGGGAGUGGCCGCGUUCCCGCGGUCUGCCGGGAUCCCGCGGGGCCAGGCUGAGGGAGCCGGGGCUGGAGUGGCUGGAGCGACCGAUCACACCCGGUUGCCGUCUGCCACCUCGGUGCGGAAUCCGAGCCGGACUUGCGGAGCGCUCCUCCCCCUCCCCUUCUGCUUCCUUUUCCCUCCCUCUGAAGCGGCGGCGGCAGGCAGGCAGCGGAGCCAGGCUGAGUGGCUCUGAGGCAAGCGGAGGAGCUGGGAUAUGGGGCGUCAGCGGGGGCGGCGGGGCCAGGAGCCCUCCGGAGGGCCUACGAGCGGAGCGGCCCCCGGCGUUUGCUAACGCGUGAGCCGUGGGGGAGCGGGCGCAGGGUGGCACGAGCGGAGGCGGAGGCGGGGCCCGGGCGUGGAGCACCGCUGGGAAAACUGCUGCCUCCGGCCCUGCCCCGCGGCUCCCACCUCCGCCGCGGCCGGUGGCUAUGGAGCUGGCGGGUACCCGACCUGGGGCGACAGAGCAUCCCCGACUCCGGCCGCCCAUGUCCUGGCUGCUGCCGCCGCCGCCUCUCCUGCUGCUACUGCUGCUGCCGGGCCCAGCGGCCUCCCAGCUGCGAUACUCGCUGCCGGAGGAGCAGGCGCCCGGCGCGCUGGUGGGCAACGUGGCUAGCGCGCUGGGGCUGGAACUGCGGCGCUUGGGGCCCGGCUGCCUGCGCAUCAACCAUCUGGGUGCGCCCAGUCCGCGCUACCUGGAGCUGGACCUGACGAGUGGAGCGCUCUUCGUCAACGAGCGCAUUGACCGGGAGGCGCUGUGUGAGCAGCGGCCUCGCUGCCUGCUCAGUUUGGAGGUGCUGGCGCACAGCCCCGUAGCGGUGAGCGCCGUGGAGGUGGAGGUGCUGGACAUCAACGACAACUCGCCGCGCUUCCCGCGGCCCGACUACCGGCUUCAGGUGAGCGAGUCGGUGGCCCCUGGAGCGCGCUUUCACAUAGAGAGCGCGCAGGACCCCGACGUGGGCGCCAACUCGGUGCAGACCUACGAGCUCAGCCCCAGCGAGCACUUUGAGCUGGACCUGAAACCCCUGCAGGAGAACAGUAAGGUGCUGGAGCUGGUGCUGCGGAAGGGCCUGGACCGCGAGCAGGCCGUCUUGCACCACCUGAUUCUCACAGCUGUGGACGGCGGCAGUCCAGCCCGCUCGGGCACCGCACAGAUCUCCGUGCGUGUCCUGGACACUAAUGACAAUUCUCCCACCUUCGACCAGUCCACUUACCGCGUCCAGCUUCGGGAGGACGCCCCGCCAGGCACGCUGGUGGUGAAGCUGAAUGCCUCCGACCCGGAUGAGGGCUCCAAUGGCGAGCUCAGGUACUCCUUGAGCAGCUACACGUCGGACCGGGAGAGGCAGCUCUUCAGCAUCGAUGCCAGCACUGGGGAAGUGCGGGUAAGUGGAGCGCUGGAUUAUGAGGAGGCCUCUUCCUACCAGAUCUAUGUGCAGGCAACUGACCAGGGUCCAGUGCCCAUGGUGGGUCACUGCAAAGUGUUGGUGGACAUCGUGGAUGUGAAUGACAACGCACCAGAGGUAGUGCUCACGGACCUGUACAGCCCAGUGCCUGAGGACGCUGUGUCCAACACCGUUGUGGCCCUCCUCAGUGUCAAUGACCAAGACUCGGGCCUCAACCGGAAGGUGAGUCUGGGCCUGGAGGCCUCUCUGCCUUUCCGACUGAACGGCUUUGGAAACUCCUACACACUGGUGGUGAGCAGUCCGCUGGACCGGGAGCGUGUGCCCGCCUACAACAUCACAGUGACGGCCACCGAUGGGGGAGUACCCCAGCUCACAUCCCAGCGGACGCUGCGGGUUGAGAUCUCUGACAUCAAUGACAACCCACCAAGCUUCCUCCAGGACUCCUACUCCAUCUACAUCGAGGAGAACAACUUGCCAGGGGUGUUGCUCUGCACUGUGCAAGCCACAGACCCAGAUGAGAAGGAGAAUGCGGAGGUGACCUACUCCCUCCUGGAGAGGGAGAUUCAAGGGCUGCCAGUCACCUCCUAUGUCUCCGUUAACAGUGCCAGUGGCAGCCUUUAUGCUGUCAACUCCUUUGACUAUGAGAAGUUUCGGGAGUUCUUUGUGACCGUGGAGGCCCAGGACAAGGGGAGUCCACCACUGAGCAGCACUGUGACCGCCAAUGUGUAUGUGGUGGACAUGAAUGACCAUGCCCCCCACAUACUGUACCCUACCUCAACUAACUCUUCAGCAGCCAUUGAGAUGGUACCUCGGACUGCCCCUGCCGGCUAUCUGGUCACCAAAGUCAUAGCCAUGGAUUCAGACUCUGGCCAAAAUGCUUGGCUCUUUUACCAUCUGGCCCAGACUUCUGACCUGGACCUCUUCAAAGUUGAGCUACACACAGGAGAGAUUAGGACUACCAGGAAGAUGGGAGAUGAGAGUGGAACUACUUUCAACCUGACAGUGGUGGUCCGAGACAAUGGAGAGCCAUCACUAUCAUCCUCCGUGGCCAUUACAGUGGCUGUGGUGGACAGAGUCUCCAGAAUCCUCCCAGAUACUCAGAGACACGUUAAGAAUCCGCGGACAUAUUCUGAAAUUACGCUCUACCUGAUAAUAGCAUUAAGCACAGUGUCUUUUAUAUUUCUUUUGACAAUCAUUGUUUUGAGCAUCAUCAAGUGCUACCGCUACACGGCAUACGGCACCGCGUGCUGUGGGGGCUUCUGUGGAGUGAGGGAGCGCUGCCCCGCCGAACUCAACAAACAGGCCAAUAACAAUAUCGAUGCCAGGAUACCCCAUGGCCUCAAAGUGCAGCCUCACUUCAUUGAAGUGCGAGGGAAUGGCUCCCUCACCAAGACCUACUGCUACAAGGCCUGUCUGACAGCAGGCUCAGGGAGUGACACUUUCAUGUUUUAUAACACAGGGGCACAGACAGGACUGGGGCCUGGGGGAGCCCAAGCAGCUGCGAGUGACAGCAGGCACCUCACAGGCCAAAGUGGGCAGAGUGCCGGGAACCUGAUUAUUCUCAAAAAUGAUGCUGUUUCUCAAAACGAGCCGCGACAGCCCAACCCUGACUGGCGUUACUCUGCCUCCCUCCGAGCGGGAAUGCACAGCUCUGUGCACCUGGAGGAGGCUGGCAUUCUACGGGCUGGUCCAGGAGGGCCUGAUCAGCAGUGGCCAACAGUAUCCAGUGCAACACCAGAACCGGAGGCAGGAGAGGUGUCCCCUCCAGUUGGGGCUGGUGUCAACAGCAACAGCUGGACCUUUAAAUACGGACCAGGCAACCCCAAACAAUCUGGUCCCGGUGAGUUGCCAGACAAAUUCAUUAUCCCAGGAUCUCCUGCAAUCAUCUCCAUCCGGCAGGAGCCUACUAACAGCCAAAUUGACAAAAGUGACUUCAUAACCUUCGGCAAAAAGGAGGAGACCAAGAAAAAGAAGAAAAAGAAGAAGGGUAACAAGACCCAGGAAAAAAAAGAGAAAGGGAACAGCACGACUGACAACAGUGAUCAGUGAGGUCACCUCAUGGAAACAAGCCACUUAGCCAGUUUUUGUAAUAAUGGCAACUCUCUCCCAUGUAGCAACUCCCCACUCCUUUCUCCUGUCUCCAUGAGCCCUCUCCUAUAGACCUCAGAAAUCUGCAGAAAGUUCCCUGUGUCUAUGUAGAUCCCAUUGAACAGGUUUUGUCUUGAAAGCUUUACUAAGUCUGGUGUUAACUCUUUCUCUCCACUCUGGCUUGUUUUCAGAACCUAAAAAGCAGACCCAAGUUUCCUUUCUCCUCCGCCGCAAAGGAGAGGCUUCCCAGUCCCGCCAGUGAGAGGUUGGAAACUCUCUGCCCUGUGCUCCGGGGAUGCUGUCUUGAUGACACUUGCAGGGCAG